CUGACGCAGUAUGACUGUUCUUAUGUUCAGUGCUUGGAAUUGUGAGGUCAUGGGAUAAUUUUCUAACUCUCAACUAAAUAUUGUGAGACCUGUGAUGAAAUCACUGGAGUCAACAGCUCUGGGCAUCACAGUUUCACCACAGAAACAAUGUAGGUUUUUAAUGAAGAAUUUGAGAAAUUUGACUUUUCUUCCCCAGAGAAGGCAGGGAGAUUGACCAGCCCUACCCGUCACAUGGUUGACCACUGCACAUGGCACCUCCUGCCAGGCACUGCCCUCCUCUAGCAGUGUCUCUCCCAUCAUCCCCCCCUCUCACUCUUGAAACCACAGUCUCCUCUUCAUGACUCAGCCCUUGGGAUGAGUCACCAUGCAUGUUCCCCACUUCCAUCUGGGCUAUCAAAAUCCCUCUUGACAAUCCAGGGCUCAGGCAGUCUUCCUGCUCACUGCCCCACCAGUGCCACUUCAUCUGUGGCACUUCAUCAGUGCCUGGUAGCGGGACUCGCCUGCCCCGCCCCCUGGGUCCUGGCUUUAGGGCCCUCUCAUCUGCAGCCAAUCUCUAGCCUACUCCAUACCUUGCUAUUUUUCCCCUGAGCCUUGCCACCCUCUCUGGUUCUCCCCUUUCACUGCGUUUGCCACGCCAAGCUCCCUCCUCCCAGGGAGUGACUGCAGCCUGCUUUCCCGCUGCCCCUGUCUUAUAGCCAGCUUCCUGGCUUAUAUAGGCCCCGCCUGCCCCUGCAUAGGUGAGCCUCUCUCUAAUUAGCUUCCUCUAGCCUAAAGCUCCCUUUUUUGCAGCCUAAUUAGCUGAUUGGGCCCAACUAACCCAAAUUCAGCUCUUGCGGGGCCAGUGUGUGGAGCACCCCCCAUCACACUGCCUAUGACUGAACUGGGGGCAUUGUGGCUGAGGGAACAAGUCCUGAGUGGGGGACUCUGGCUGUUUCAGGUGCCGGUGACCUUCGAGGAGGUGGCUGUGUAUUUCACGGAGGAGGAGUGGGCUCUGCUGGACCUAUGUCAGAGAAACCUCUACAUAGAUGUGAUGCAGGAGAAUUAUGAGAAUGUAACCUCGCUGGGAUUUCCCAUUCCCAAACUUGAGGUGAUCUCCCAGCUUGAACAAGGGAAAGAACUGUGGUUUACAGAGCUACAGGGCUGCGUGGAAAGGGAGAUCCUGAGAAACUCUAGCCCAGGUACCUCUCGACAUCUCCCUCUCUGCAGAGCCCUGGAGAUCCGGGAGCCACGGUUCUUCCCCUCUUUCCAGCUGGAUGAUCACGUCAGGUUUGGGAAGGAGAAAUCCUGCCCAGGGAGUGAAAUCAGGCAAGAUCAGGAUGCAUUAUAUAUUUGUAGAAUAUCAGUCACAAAGAACAUUCCCUGAUUUUAACCAGCCCCCAUGCUGUGCUAGGGGUGUGUGAACUGUGAAUGUAGGGGAAUGUGGUCAUUGAACCCCACCCCCUUGGGAGAGGCAGAUGUCUGUGUGAGGAGAUAUUGCACCUCAGUAGAGUUUCUGGGGGACACGCUAACUCAGACCCAGCUCUGAUAUUAAGUCUCAGCCUGUUUCUAAACCUACAGAAGUCAGGGCCGACCCCAUAGAUGGAGCUAGUCCCAGAAAGGGAGGAGAAUUGGGGUUGUGUGUGAGAGAGUGAAUACAGACGGGAGAAGAUGAAGCUUCUGCCCCCAGGUAAAUUAUGGAGGAUGGAUAUGAAGUAGGAUAUCCCUUAGGUUUCUGACACCUCUGACCCAUGGAAAAAGGUAUAGAGCUGAAAGUCUCUCUC